AUGUAUGAUGAAGAGCGUUGCUGUGUCCUGUUAGGGACUGCUGCUUGUCAUACAAGGCCAUGUGCCACGGCGUCAAACAUCUUGGAAGUGCCCGAGCUUUUCCGGAGGCGCACUGCUAGACAUCACGAGCACGCAAGCCUCGCGCGCCCCCAAGUAGCACGUUAUGGAGAUUAUUCCUGUCGCGUCGGCAGCGUUUUCUUCUUGGGGAAGGAAACGAACGGGACUUUCAGCACAGUGCCUGGCUUGAGCGGCCGUCACAUUUCAUUUAUCAGCGGCGGAUAUGAUAAAAUUUUAGUAGCAGUCAGUUCCCCGACCGCCGUCCAUGCCUCGCGACCACGGCGGUGCCAUUCUACGCAGCAGCAUAGAGAAUCUGGCUCACACACCAACAUUGACAUGAAACAGGCGCAUGGGAUCUGUGACCCAGUUCAAGCCAAUUGCUUUGUCGAAGAUUCUUAUUUCGAUGCUAGCCGUCUCAUUCCCGUGAGGCCCAGUAACAGCUCUCGGCUUCGGUCUCAAACAAGCGUACCCCCUCCUCAGCCCAGGCAACAAUGCGGCUCCCGCGUGAGUGAUCCCCUGAUCCUCGGCAAGCGCCAGCACAGGAGCCAGGAAGCGGAGAUCCAUCAUUCGAAUCGCGCGGUAUGCUUGCACCAACGGGGCGGAGAGCAAUCCCCCACUAGACGACUGCCCCAUAGUCGUUGUCAAGACCAGCCGUCUCAAGCAACAUGUGAAGCUGGAAACCUCUCGUUCAACCAAGUUGUCGUCGCCGCGUUUGCAGGCUCUAAGUUCGGCAGGGAUCGAGUGGUCUGGGCAUGUCCAGGACGUCAUCAUUUCCUCAUUCUUACAUCUUCCGGUCGUCUGUAUUCAAGCGGAGACAGUCCUUACGGGUGUAUGGGGCAAGGCGGACUCGCUUGCAGCGGCGCGCCACUUGCCAUCCCUGCCCUUCGACACGCGCGCGUCACUCAAGCGUGUGUAGGUGAAUCUUACUCCUUAGCUCUCACUGCAGAUGGUGGGGUCUACUCUUGGGGGGGAGGAUUCCACGGCCAGCUGGGCCGCGCUCCUGAGGAGGUUUCGCUUAUACCUCGGUUCCUACAGAGACUGAUGCGCAUCCCAAUUAACGCUAUCGCCUGCAACGAAAGUCACGUCAUUGCGAUUACGCGAGACGGGGGGAGAUGCCUUGCUUGGGGAAGUAAUGACUGCGGGCAGCUGGGACUGGGCCGGCGAUGCCCCACCCAGCAUACUCCCCAGUUUGUGGAGAUUACCAAGGGGGAGAAUGCCUCGAUCUGCAACGAGGGACAGCCAGCCCUUAACCAUAACCUCGAGCCCUUCGAUAACGUGUCAAGUGCUAAACAGACAGCUGAGAGAGCGGGCCCUUCCCACGCUUGCACCCACAGCGCAAGGGAAUUCGUCAUGGUCUCAGGCAUCGCUGCCGGCUGGCGGCACUCUCUUGCCCUGAGUGUAGAAGGAGAUGUCUACGCGUGGGGUUUAAAUGCUUGUGGCCAGUUAGGCCUCGGGCACCGAGGACGCACCGACGUUCCUACAAUCGUGUCAGACUUCCCGCCCCAACAUCUAGAACUCUGGAGCUCUCCGUACCUGCCUACUAGCCAGAAACGUAUCGUUUCUGUGAGCGAGUCAAGCGCUUUUGCCCCAAAAGCCGGGGGAGGACACGAACGGCCGUUUAGACCGAAAGUCCAUCAGAUCUCUGCCGGCAGACUAUUCUCUGCCUUUCUCCUUGAGGAUGGCCGCGUUCUAGUUAGCGGCCGAAUUCCAAGUGGAAAAGAGGAAGCAACGAGAGAAAAAAUCACUCGGAACCAUCUCCGCGUCACAGAGCGAAGCAGAAAGGAAAUCCAGGCUUGCCUGACGCCCAGUAAGUAA